GGUGGGGGGGUGGGGUCACGGAGAGCGCUUCCGGGGUGAAGGCGCGGGGAGCUUUGUUGACAUCAUGAGCGGCGCGGGCCCUGUCUUGGCCGUGCUGGUGGUGGGCUUCCACCACAAAAAAGGCUGCCAGGUGGAGUUUUCUCAUCCUCAGAUUAAAGAUGAUAAUGGAGGCCGUUCACUGCCAGAGGAAUGGCAGCACCUGCCUUACCUGGCCUUGCCUGACGGUGCACACAACUACCUUGAAGAUUGUGUUUACUUCCACCUCCCUCCACGAGAUGGGGACAGAGGCAUCGUGUACGGAGUGUCUUGCUACCAGCAGAUGGAUUCGGAGGCUCUCAAGGUGCGCGACUCCGAGGUGACACGUGGUACGGUGCAGAAGAGCGUGUGUGUGCUCAGCCGACUGCCCCUUUACGGGUUGUUGCAAGCCAAGCUACAGAUGAUCACUCAGGUCUACUUCCAAGAGAAAGACUUCUCCAAAACCGAUGUUUUAAAAGAGCUGUAUGAACAACUCAAUAGCACCUUGGGUACAAAUCAUCUGGAACCUUCUCAUCUGUACAUAGGCUUAUCCGUCAGAGAGCUGCUUCUGCAUUUUGGACACAAGGCACUUAUGCUCUUCAAAUUAAUUCUGCUGGAAAAGAGGGUGUUAUUUUUCAUUGCACCCGUCCACACAUUGGUUGGAACAAUAAUGGCACUACUCUCCCUUUUUCCAGGAAUGAUAGAACGCGGCUUUGUGGACUCGGUGUCCUACAGAAGGAAGGAUUCUAUGGACGAAGCCGACUUUCUGGAAUCGGCAUUUCUUUUCACGUCCACCUUCACAAACUCUUUUCAUUCGACUCAAGCACAAAGCUACAGCGAACAAGUAGCGCCAAACACCGAGCCAAGGAGGACAGGGCCCUCUGAGAGGGCAUGUGCAUCAUUUCCGUUGGACUCGGAAGGGAAUGGGGUUAAUGUGGAGGUGGGCAGAGCGGAUGAUACAGAAGAGGCCCGGGCAGUUACAACCAAGGGUCUGGUCCGGAAAUUGUCGAUGGGCGAUGGAGCCCCAGUGGUGGUGCAGCCUCUGCAUGCCUCCGGUGACCCGACUGCCCGGGUCACCAAGGGUCUCCUCUCGGGCCUGGAUGAGGACCAAUAUGGCAUGCCGCUUGCCGUAUUUACCAAGGGCUACGCGUGCUUGCCCUACCUCUCCCUGCAGCAGCACUCCCUGCUGAGUGAUGUCUCUCUUCGAGGAUUCGUGGUUGGAGCCACUAACUACCUCUUCCGCCGACAGAAACACCUCACCGACGUCACAGUAGAUAUAGAGAAGGCUCACCUGGAGUUCCAGGACGCUGCUCUGGAACGUGCUCUGAGCCCCACGACAGCAGACCUGCGCUUCCUGGCACUCCUGGAGCGGCAGGUGCGAGAGAACGGGGCGAGCGGGGCCUCCGACAGUGACGGGGGGGUCAGUGCGGAGUGGGAGGGCAGCGAGGAGUGGGUUCGCGCCCACUUCCGCCUCUACCUGAUGUCGCUGCUCGCCACCACACAGCUGCCGGACAACGAGGCGAUGCUGGCAGACUACGGCAGCGAGUUCGUGGAGGCGUGGCAGGAUACGCACAACCACCGCGUGUGGAGCAGCAACAAGCACCCGGCCAUGCGUGACGUGCAGCCAGGACACCCUUUCCAGGGUCACUACACAGUGGCUGACGUCAAAUUGCGACUAACAUACUCUGUGCAAAGCAGCGAACGCGGUCGGCGGAUUGGCACGGCCGUGCUGUCAACUAGCCGCUCGGUCCUGCAGACGGGGAAGGCUGUCGGCCAGUCCGUGGUGGGUGGGGUGUUGAGCGGCGCCACCAACGCCAUGUCCUCCUUCUUCUCGUAUUUUUCCGGCCGUCCCAACCAGCCGGGCAACUCUGCAGCGUCCUGGGGAGGUCACACAGAUGAGCAAGAAUCUGGAGCGAGUGUGUAUGCAGACCCCCUGUUCCACGAAGCCAUCCAUUUAACCUCUGACCCCUGAAUGUGCUGAGGGGAGGGCGCUGUAAUAAGGUGAACUGAUGAGGAAGUUUGAUUGGUAUACAUUGAAAUGGCUUGUAUUUAAUUUAUUUAUUUACUUGAAAUGUGUUUUAUCUGUAAAUGGUACGAAAAGUAUUUUUUUAUAUUGUUUACCUGCCGCUAACAAUUGAUAGCAAUGUUAUGUACACCUCUAAAUGUAACCCUUUCAGGUAAGCAAAAACUUACAAUUAUAGAGAACUCAACAUAACAAACGUCUCGGAGAACAUUGAAAAUGUGGAUGUUGAGCACACUUUGUGCGCGACAAUCAUUUAUUGCAGCACCUUCCCCUUUCCCGGAACAGAAAAUGGACAUGAACAGGAAAUUACCAAGUCGCACUUGGUCAUUCUUUUUGCGUAGUUUGUGUGGUUAAUCGCGAGCCAUUCGCAGAGACACUCAAAAGUUUUUGAAAUUAUUCUUGAUGAGCUGAAAAUAUUCAGAUAAGCAUAAAAGGGUCUGUUUCAGAAUAUAAUUAAAAUAAUUUUACUCUAUCGUCCUAUGGGCAUUCUAGAACAGUAUUUUCCAGCAGCAUGUCUUUACUAAGGCAAACUUUAGACUGAUUUUAACUUUGAAUUUCAUAAGUAGGGUGUGGCCCAUUAAAUGCUGCUGAGAUGCUUUUUUUUUGCAAACAAGAGUGCUACACAAACACCGUGAAGCCUAUUAAGCAUAGUACAGAAAUGUUGUACAGAAUAUGUGUUGUUGUCGUGAGUUAUUGACAAGAAUCCAAGUCUCGGGCGAAGCCGGGUUGUAAAGCUAGUUGGUAAUAAAUAAUAGACAUGGGUCUGGUUCCCCAAUGUAAAAUCAAAUGUUGGUCUGUCACCCUAUGGGCCUUCGAGACCAACGUUUUCCAACAGCAUAUUCGUAAGCAGGACAAGGUUACAUUUUGAUUUAAUUGCUUUCGUGACUGCAGUAAUUCAUAUUCUUAGCUCUUUCGGCAAAGUCACGUUGAAGGGAAACAAUAAAAUAAUAAAAUAUAUAUA